GGUUGUUUGGACCAUAAAGGGGAAAAAAAAAAGCAGUUUUUCUGUUUUACGAAAAUAAGCCUUCUUGUCUACUUGAUUUAUAAGCACGUAGUACCGAAGGAUAAAUAUAUAAAAAGCGUACUAAUUUUCUAAACUAUUUAGCACGGUAGCAUGCAUAGUGCUAGUGUACCAUUGCUGAUACGCCCUCUAGUGGUGAGAGGAAAACAUUUACGCAGGGUAUUACAACAAACAUGGCGGCUUGGAUUUAAUAAUUAUCGGUGUGACAAUGGAGGUGAAGGAAAUUACACGUAUAGCGAUACAAAUAGAAAAACUACACAGGGAAAGAAAUUAUGAAGACAUUUCAUGCCUACUGAAAGAGAUUUAUAACACCGAUGUGACAUUACAGCAUCUGCAGAGCACUGACAUUGGCAAGAACAUUUAUCAGCUUUUAAAAUCAUGUCCUGUAGAAAGUGUUAGGAAAAGAGGAAAGAGUGUGCUCUCAAAGUGGAAGCGAUUGUAUGGUUCGCAGCAAAAACGGGAAAAUAUCAACGACACAAAUCAGAGAAAAGAAUGUGAAGCAGCUAGGGAAGAUGAACUAGAAGCAGCGAAACAGGACUUAGAUCGAAAAGGGAAGGACAAAGAAACUAGUAUAUGCUUUAAAGUGAAAGAGAGUAAUGUGGACCAUGAGUCAAGUGGUUCAUCAUCAGCGAGAGACGCUCUGUCAAAAGCAAAAACGAUAACAUCUUACAACAGACUUACUCCAGAAGAAGAUUCAAGGACCACCUUAUCGCUUCCACUCAUUAGCAGCUCCACAAAAUCUCCAGACUUGAGAAACAAAUGUGCAGAACUCCUUAUCCAGGCUCUAAACUCUGAUCAACAACAUUCUGAUCUUACGAACCAGCUAGCUCAUACUAUUGAAAAACACGUCGAUGCUCUCCAUGGCUGCAAUCCAUCCAAAUACAAAUCCUGCAUCAGGAGCAAGGUGGCCAACUUGAAGAACCCAAAGAAUCCUCACCUCCGCCAGGGUCUUCUGACUGGUACAUUGGCUCCGGAGGUGUUCGCCCAGAUGUCUGCCCAGGAGAUGGCUGGUGAAGAGUUACGGCAGCUCAGGCAGAGCUACACGGCAGCGGGCAUCAGCGAACACCAGUUGCCACAGGGACCAGAGGGAACGACUACGUCAAAAGUGCGAUGCCAGCGGUGUGAGGGGACUGACUGCAGGGUGACACAGAUCUCCCGUGGCUCGCUAUUCCUGCCUUCUUGGGUGAAGAGAGGCAGUGCUGAUGAGGAAGCAAUGACCUUCAUGACUUGUGCCAGCUGUGGGGCGCAGUGGUACCAUAACCGUUGGGUGUGCCUUUGAUUUGACUCUGAAGACAUUUAGGGUCUUUAAGCCUAUGGGAGGUUGGCAUGGUGGAGCAGUGGAAAGCUUAGCCUUGUUUGAUUACCUAUGUAGAGUUUUGCAUGUUUCCCUUUUUUCUCCAGUUUUCUUCCAGCGCAGUAAUUUGUAUUACAAAUCACCACUAUGAGUGUACGGUUCCCGGUUCCCUGUAAGGACCGUUGCUCAACGCAGGGUUUAUUCCUGCCUCAAACCCAAUGUUUCAAGGACUGGGUCCAGAUCUAUGACCAACUGGACUUGUUUAUGAGCCUGACUAUGUCAAAUAAAUGUACCCUAUUAAUGCCAGAAUAAAUUUCUAACUAAAUCAAUGUAUUCAUUUCAGAGGGAAAUUUAAUAACUAAAUAAUAGUCCACUGUUAUUUUAGUUAGUAAAUUUUCCUCUGAAAUUAUUAGAUUAAUUUAUCUAUCUAUUUAGGCAGCUGGUGUAUAACAUUUAGGUUCUGGGGUUAUUUUGUAAUGUGAAAUUUAUAUAAAGACAAAGAGACGUGCUGGUGGAAUGAGGAAGUGCAGGAUUGGGAUCGACAGAGUGAUGAGAAAAGUAGGCAGGAGUACAAGGAGAUGCGGCAGCAGGUAAAGAGGGAUGUGGCGAAAGCCAAGAAAAAUGCAUAUGAGGAACUGUAUUAGAAGUUGGACACCAAGGAAGGAGAAAAGGAUUUAUACCAAUUGGCCAGGCAGAGGGACCGUGCUGGGAAGGAUGUGCUGCAAGUUAGAGCAACAAAGGAUUGAGAUGGAAAUGUGUUGAUUAGUGAGGAGAAUGU